GGCCCGAUGCUGCGGUCCGCGGAGACGCGGAGCCUCUGCGCGUCGUGGUUCGCGCCGCGGCGGCCGUGGUGCGUCGCCGGGCCCGGCCCGCCGGCCGACUGUCCGUGCGGCGCGCUCGACCUGUGCGGCGUGGCCGCGCACGUGCCCGAGGCCGUGCACGGACGGUCGUUCGUCGAGGCCGUGCACGCGCCGACGGGCGCGCGCGUCGCAAUCGACGCCCUCCACGCGCUGCGCGGCUGGGCGGCCCUGUCGGCUUCGCGCGACGCCGCCGGCGCGUUCGCCAGGUGCGAGCGGUCGCCG